AUGGCUGAUAUCGAGGAACGGCUCCGAAGCCAUGCACAGGCCUUUGAUGGGCUGCUCUCGCUGAUCCCUGCGAAGUUCUACUACGGAGAAGAUGGCAGUGAUCAAUGGAAACGGAAGAAGCAAACGAAGGAACAGGCUCGGGAAGCAAAGAGGGCGAAGCUUGACCCUGAUUCGGCCAAGACUGCGAAGGACGUGAUGGACGAAAAGGCGCGGAAGCGUAAACGUGGUGAAGAAGAGGGCAAUGAGGACGAGGACGCGGAGUCAUCCGACGAUAGCGAACUAGGCUCAGAAAUGCCGAAAGAGGGGUUAAACAGGGGUGACGCAGUAUCGAAGAAACAGAAACAAAACGAGUCCUCCAUAAAUCCCGAAGACGCUGUCAAGAUGGCCGAAGAGGCGGAAUCCCGCAGGAAGUUGAAGGAGGAGAAGAAGGCGCAGAAGAAGCAGACCCAGAAGGAGAAGAAAAAGGCCAAGGACGCCGCCAAAAAAGCGAAAGAAGACGAAAAGCGGGCUGAAGGGACCACGGCUGCCACUACCAAGUCGAUGGCGGCUACGAGCAAGCCUGAUGAGAAACCUCAACCCUCAAACGCCGAGGAUUCUGAUGUCGAAGGCGACGAUGCCACUGCAGAGGGGCUCUCCCUCGAGUUCAACGAAGAAGAUAACUCCACAUCGUCCGCCCCGAAUUCUCCGGAAUUCGACACAUCAAAUCCUCAAUCGGGUAGCUCUUCUAUAUCCUCCAUAGUCCCCUCCUCCGACGCCGCCAAAUCCUCAUCCUCAGAACCGAAACCUCUCAAAUCCACACCCGAAGAGUUGAGGCAACGGUUACAAAAGCGCCUAGACGAACUCCGCGCAGCCCGCCAUGCAGACGGCCUCGACGGCAAGCCAGCGCGAAACCGACAAGAGCUCAUUGAAGCCCGUCGACAAAAGGCCGAACAGCGCAAAGCACACAAGAAGCUCCUCCGGCAGAAGGCUAAGGAGGAAGAGCAGAAUGCGAAAGAUGAAGCCAUGACGCGACGAUUCUCCCCAGGCGGCUCAGGCUCGCUCCUGGCAUCUCCACGGUCUCCCGCGGAUUCAGUUGGUUCAGGAAACUACGCCUUCGGCCGCGUCGUCUUCUCCGAUGGCCAGAUUGCUGAUCCCUCCCUAUCCGAACUACGUGAGAAACCCAAAACACAUGGUCCCCGCGAUACCGCCUCAGCCCUCAAAGCCGCCGAGGCCAAGAAAGCUCGUCUUUCCGGCCUAGAUGAGGAGAAGCGCGCCGAUAUCGAGGAGAAAGACAUGUGGCUCAAUGCCAAGAAGCGCGCGCACGGCGAACGAGUCCGCGACGACACCUCGCUGCUAAAGAAAGCCCUUAAGCGCAAGGAGACUGCGAAGAAGCGUUCCGAGCGCGAGUGGAAGGACCGGAUUGAUACUGUCAAAAGAGGCAAAGACAUGAAGCAGCAGAAGCGUGAGGAGAACCUGCGCAAGCGCCGAGAAGAUAAGGGAAAACCUGGAGGCGGCAAGAAGGGUGCUGCCGGCGGUGGCAAGAAGCCCCGGGCUGGCUUUGAAGGCAGCUUCAAGGGGAAGGCUGGAGGGGGCAAGAAGAAAUAA